AUGUCGAGAAAUAAGGCGGCAUCGAGCGGGAACGCGGUAGCGUCCACGACGACGCGUUACUUUGAAGUGCCCCCCAAUGCAGAACCGACCACCAAGGCCAUUGCAGAGCUGCUCAAGGCUGUGCACCGCCAGUCUGAGCAACAUGAUCAAGAGAAUAAGCGUCGGCAGCAAUGGGAGGCUGAUACUCUCCAGAAGCAAGCUCUGCACCAACAGUCGGUCGACAUCAGGCUGGCCGCAAUGCAGCAGCAGAUAGACAGUCUGCGAGGGUACCCUACUCAGCCGUAUCCACAGCCCCAGGCUCCAGCAUAUGCUGCGGGUAUACCCCCGCCUGGUGCCAUGUAUUUUGCCCAGGCGCAGCCUCCUGCACAGCAGUUCUCUGUGACUCCCCCAGCUCAACAACAACAGCAGCAGCAGCAGCAGCAACAGCAACAACAACAACAGUCUCAGCAGCCUGGCCAAUCAACACCGAGCUCGGCCCGCCAGCCUCGUUCAUUUAAGCGCCUGAAACAAUACCAACCAAAUGACUCCGAGGGGGACGAUAGUAUGAUGAAUAUGAGUGUGAACAUGAACAACCAGAUGAUGCCCCAGUUGCCCGAGCCAUCAAUCGCCCCUAUGGACGAGGAACGUGUACAUGCGCUUGCGAGGAAGAAGAACCCGGUGGGGAGCAUCCCGUCUGCUAUGCGCGCCCACAUACUCCGCCUCAUGGGUCUUAAUCCGCACGAAGCUCUGCCCCCCUCGCAUGUGGAAGAUCAGCCUGCCCCUGAAGGGGUUAUCCGUUUUGUUUGGGAAAAAACCCCGAAGAGUUCUCCGCACAAUGGCCGCAUGAAACAAAUCGUUAUCGAAGACCUUCAACGAUCCCGCCAUUUGUACCCACUCGUUCCGACAGCCGACUUUGCCGCUCCUCUUCUGGACGCAUGUUUUGAUCAGGCGUUUACUACGCUACGUGGUAAAUGGCGCAUCCAAUGCGGCGAACCCGGUCUAGAGACAAAAGUCGAGGCCAAAGCUAAACGUACGCGCCGCCACAAUCGGAAGAAGUCGGCAAGUACCAUCGACAUUCAAUUCAAUCUCAAUCUAAUAAUUCAUUUCCAGAAAUUAAACCAUCGGAUGGCCGCUCGCGCCAACUUGCACCAGUUUACACAUACUACCUUUGAGCCGGCGCUGAUACCUGAAGUCAUGUCUUCUGAAUCGUCCGAGGACGACACAGACGGAAAGAAAGACUUCCAGACUCGUGGGUUCUCAUGGCGCUCUCAGCGGGCCCAGAAUUUCUACCAAUGCCUUGAUGAAGAAGAAAACAAUGGUCGGGACAGGGCGCUACGUAGGGGUGGAGCUCGGCGCGAGCGUAGAGACGGAGGCCCCAAGGCCGGCGAUCCGCUCCCUCCCAAAGGGACGCCCUUGUGGAUGAUCAGCAAAGCCUGGCUGCGAAACCAGAAUCCCGAAACACUUUCCGGCCUUGGUUUGGUAGACGAUCGCUCGUUCGACUGGCGUGGAUUCCACGAGCUUGGUGAUAGCUCUGGCGAUGAAGGCGAACCCGUUAUGGACGAAGGAACAAUGGGAAUAGUUGACGGCGUACCCGGAAUGGGAGUUGGCGUGGACUACCCAGGAGAGAUGGGCGGGAUGCAAGGACAGGCACAAGUUGGGCCGGUCAGUCAAGUCGGGCAUUCUCAGCAGGUCGGCCAAGGUCAACCAUCUCAUGUUGCACAUUUGCAGCAUGUGCAGCACGUCACAUAUGGCCAACAAAGCCAUAUGGGAUAG